UGUUACAGUAGGAGCUGGUCACUGACAGAGGCUCCAUGCACGCCGGCUGAUGCACAACAGCCCCUGAAUAAGCGUUUAUACUCUGCAGGUUUUUACGCACAGAAAAAAUGAGGGCCUUUAUUGCGGCAGUGACAGUGUUGUGGGUGAUGAUGAUACCCUGCAUGGAAGCUAUCCACGGAUUGUACAAUUUCGGCCAGCAUGAUUUAUUCUACAAAAAGAAUAACUGCAAGCCAAUUCCUGCAAACCUGCUCCUGUGCCACGAUAUAGAGUACACAGAUAUGCGCCUCCCGAACCUGCUCGGACACGAAACCAUGAAUGAAGUUCUGCAGCAAGCUUCGUCUUGGAUCCCGCUGGUUCAGAAGCAGUGUCACCCCGACACGAGAAAGUUCCUCUGCUCCCUUUUUGCGCCCGUCUGCCUGGACGAUUUGGACGAGCCCAUACAGCCGUGCAGGUCUCUGUGCGAGAGCGUCAAGAACGGCUGCGCGCCCGUCAUGUCCGCGUUUGGCUUCCCCUGGCCAAAGAUGCUGGACUGUGACCGCUUUCCACUCGACAAUGACUUGUGCAUACCACCUGCAGGCAUCGAGAACUUUGUGCCCGUCACCAAAGAAGUGCCCAGAGUGUGUGAUGCUUGCAAGGAAACGGAUGAAAAUGACAACGAAAUUGUUGACAACCUGUGUAAGAAUGACUUUGCUCUGAAAAUCAAAGUCAAGGAGAUCUCCUACAUCAACGGUGACACCAAGAUAGUGCCGGAGAACAAGAGCAAGACCAUUUACAAGCUGAACGGCGUGACGGAGCGCGACCUGAGGAAGACGGUGCUGUGGCUGAAGGACGGCCUGCAGUGCAUCUGCGAGGAGAUGAACGACAUCCACGCCGCCUACCUGGUCAUAGGCCAGAAGAUGGACGGCCAUCUGGUUAUCACCUCACUGAAGCGCUGGCAGAAGGGACAGAGAGAGUUUAAGAGGAUUUCCCGCAGCAUCCGCAAGCUGCAGUGCUAGGAAGGAAAAAAAACAAAUAACUGCAUGUGUCACUGUUGAAGAAAAAGUUUAGUUGAGCUCUGUCUGAUUAUCUGAUUAUCUCUUUCCAGUUGUCACACAAGGUUUAUAGAUUCCUCUCUAGACUAUAGCGAAGAUGUUUCUCUGGCCUCAGAGAACACACCACUUCCUCUCUUUUCCAUUGGUUCAUUGUUAGAAAAAAAGCCCAAAUUUAAAAAAAAAAAAAAAAAUAGGCAAUCUAUAGCAUAUCUGCUGGCUAAAAUCUCUACAAUUAUAAUUCUUAUGGAUUUUCAUUUUCUGAAAGGUGAUUUGCCCCAAAACACUGAAGUUACAUUCAUCAGUGAGGCCACCAUUUUUUUUUUGAAAGCACAUCUUUAAGUGGCUAAAUCACAUGUUGGCCAUGUUCUCUGAGCUGGGCACACAUUUAUACCUGGUACAGACACAGAAGUAAGCAAAUACAGCGGAAAAAAAAGUCCCUUAAAUUGUAGUGAUUUUGUGAAGAAGUAUAUGUUUUUCAUCCAUUGACGCCCAUUCAUUUUACACUUAGUGAGUAUUUGGCACCCUCUUGUGGUCAGUGUUGAAGUGGUGUGUUUUUUCCUUUGCUGUCACCUCAUUAAUUGCACUCAGCUGGUGUCCAAGGUGUAAAGGAAUCACUAAUCACACAGUUAGAGUGAAAACUAGCAGCUUUCAAUCCAGGAUUAACAAUGAUUGAGUAAACAAAUUACUGGCACAUGUGGCUUCCUGUUAAAUCCUUCAACGGGGGUGAGUUUAAGACAUUUUCCUUUUCUCUUCUGGUAGUAGCUGGAAUCUGUUUCUGCUGUUGUCACGGGGCAUUCCUCACUCAAAUCAUCAGCAGUUGUUUGUUUAGGACUAUUAAAAACUCCUAAAGAGGAACAAGUGACGUCACAAGGGUCAAAGGCCUUCACUGCUUAGCUGAUCAAAGUCAAUAAGGUAAAUAAAAAGAGAUGUUUGGGGGAAGUUCAAGUCUUCCUAAAAGAGGUAUCUGCAUCCCAUAAUAACAACUCUUUUCUGUCAUAGUUCCACAGAAACAGUUACUGAUUGAUGCACACUGAGUGAAGCUGUGAUUCCCAUGUGUGUAGUGUGAUGUUCAAAGACAAAAUAAUGUUUUGUAUUCCUACCGUUUUCUCAAGCAAAAACGAGAGAUAGCUGGCUAUAUUCUCUUCCUGUUCAACAUUUUAAUACUCUUAGUAACCUUUUUGUACUUGAACCACUGCAUACUUUUCUACCCCACUAUGGUUAAACUAAUAUUUUUCUACUCCCAGACUUUCAUAUUUCAUAUAAACUUUAAUGUUUUGAGUUUGCAUCUUCAUCCUGUUGUUUGAUGAGUGGCACACGUUGGAUUUUUAGGUUUUAUUAGAGGAUGAAUAUCUGAGUUUUUUGGUUGGUAGUGUUGAUUUGUUAGGCGCAAAUAAUCCAGUGGUCUGUGUGUGAAUGUGUGCGCAAUGUAUAAAGUAUUUUUUUGAAAGUAUUACUGUGUAAAUAUCAAAUACUGCCUUUUAUGCUUGUGUAAAGUUUUCAGCGAUUAAAAGCUGCUGACGACA